AUGAGAGUCUUUCAAUUGUUGUUAUUGUUUGUAGCGAUAGUUACUGCUGCAAGAUGGAGUAAAGAAGAUUAUGAAAUAUUCAAUUUGAAUGACAAAAUCCAACAAGAUUUAGGAAAAUCAACAACAUUUUAUAGUUGGUUGAAAUUAGAAAAAGGUCCAAAAUCAAGUUUACAAGAAAUCAACAAAGCUUACAGAAAAUUAUCAAGAAGAUUACAUCCUGAUAAAUUCUCUACUGCUCCAAGAUCAGAGAAAAAGAAAGCUGAUGAAAGAUUUCAAAGAUUAUCAUUGGUUGGUAAUAUAUUAAGAGAUCAAUCAUUAAAGAGAAGAUAUGAUUAUUUCUAUUCCAAAGGAUUCCCAAAGUGGAAAGGAACAGGUUAUUAUUAUUCAAAAUUCCGUCCUGGAGUAGUGUUCACCCUAUUUAUCCUCUACAUUCUUGUUAGUGUUUUCCAUUUUUUUGCUCUUAAAAUCAAUAGAAAACAAGCUUAUAAAAGAAUUGAAGAUAUGAAAAAUAUCAUUAAAACUCAAGCUUGGAAUGGUUCUCAAAUUCCUCCUGCUGAUGGGUCUGAUCGUAAGCUUGUUAAUGAAGCUAAUGGGAAAGAAUUUUUGGUUAAACCAGAUGGUUCUGUUUGGUUAUUGGAAGAUGAUGAACAACAUUUAAUUGAUGAAAAUGAAAUUAAUAUCCAUCCUGGAUUCAAAGAUUCUUUGUUUUUCAAAAUCCCUGCUAAGCUUUGGAAUUUGGCAUUUGGAAAGUUCUACCCAAUCGACACCACCGUGGAGUAUAUCAAACCUGGCGAAGCUGCACAACCAGCUGGUGAAGAAAAGAAGAAACAACAAAAAAAGAAAAACAGAGGUAAGAAAAUCGAACUACCAAAUGGAAAAGUCGUCUAUAGUAGAAAGAAAUAA